AAUGUCUAGUCAUAACUUAAAUGGAUCCAUAAAGACUACUGUAAUUACGAUAAUAUCAACAAUUAUAUGCAGACACAUUUAACAGACAAGUUCAGGUAUAAUUUGACGCCUAAGCUCUAUGAGGGUAAUUAAAGCACGUUCGUCAGUAAAUUUGUAAUUCAAGUAAUGACUGUUGUAUACAUCUUAUUGGUUAAAAUUUUGGGGUAAGAGUAAAAGACCCAUAGUUCCGGAGCAUAUAUAAACCCGAAAUUUCUGUUACAAAUCAAUUUGUGAAAAAUUGUCAAGUGCAAUAGUCGACAGUUCAGUGAAGUAACGUUAACAUUAUUCAAAUAACAACUAAGUCAUGGCAUUAUUAUCAUCAAUAAGAAGAGCAUUUCAAGACAGUCUCGACGUAUAUCUCUUAGAGGCAGUAAAGACAAAAGAUUUGACAAAAAUCCAUCGAAUUGUCAUGGACCAAGUACCCGACAUUCCGCCAAAUGCAAUGAACCCUGCAAGACUUAUGUAUUUGGCUCUGGUCAACAAAAAGUUUGACUUAGCUCAAGAAAUAUAUACGACUUUUGUGGGCUAUGCAAUAGAUGAUUAUGUGGAAUACAACGAUGAAGAAGAGUUUAUGGGGUGGACUGCGUUGCAUUUUGCUGUGGAGAACAAGAACCGCAAGGUAGUCAAGUUCUUAUUAAAAAGAGGAGCUGAUGUUAACUGUGAAAAUGAAGAGAAAGAUCAACCAAUCAAUCUGGCUGUUGAUAACAAAGACAUUAAGACGACUAGAUUGCUGUUAAGUUACGGAGCUGACAAGAGGCAUUGCCAGGAUUGGCUAGUUACACCAGACAAUAAAAGUGAUAUCAUCGAAUUUCCCGAAUCGAAUAUCGAAUCUUGCGAUUCGAAUAUCGAUUAUUGCGAUUUGAAUAUGGAAUUUAGUGAAUCGAAUAUCGAAUGUUCCGAAGUGUAUACCGAUUUUUCCGAAUGGAAUAUCAUUAAUUCCCCGAUUCAUCAUCUCAUCACGUAACCAAGAAUACGAAUUAAAGAAAUUAAAAAUAAGUCAUCAAAAACCUUUUUUUUAAACUUUUUUUAAAUUGUGAAUUUAUGUGUCAACGCUUUAAAACUUAAUUUAUAUAAAACAUUGUAACUAUAAUAUAGGGGAUAGCCGAGCAAAACGAGGUACUGAAGGAAAUUUUAAAUUUUCGAGGACUAAAAUACGCUAAAUCUUUUUUAUUUUAAUAAUUGUGAAAGUAAGCAGAAACAAAUUUUAGUUACCGUUAAAAAGAAAAAAUUAUUUUCGCGGGCAAAAUGAGGUACCCUCUAAAAAGGUAAAAAAAAAAUUCUGAGUUUUAAAUGAAUUUAAUUAAAUUUAAUUUGUUGUGAGUAAUUGUCAUGAAAAAAAAUUAUAUUUUACAUGAUUAUUUGAUACAAAAGAAAAAAAUUUUAAUGGUUUUUAUCAUAAAAAAAGUCAUUUUUCGACUGACCCCGUUUUGCUCGGCCCUCCCCUCCAUGAAAAAAAUAUUUUUUGUAAAUUAGUUAUAAGUAUUUUCAACUGAAUUAAAUAUACAAAAAAAAAAUUGUAAUUGUAACAAUCUGAC